GCCCUAUUUUCUGACUUGAAUACGACAACCCGUGAUGAUUACAUUUCUUUUGCCAAGAUUUGCUUCUCACGUAUUAUUAUCUCGAUAACUGGCAGCGAGGAUAUGCUGUUUGUAACUCAUGAAAUUCAGUCUGACAUGUGGAUACACAAGUAAUAAUCUGCUCUAUCGGUUUAGCUUGAUUCUUAUAGCCCUUACCCCAGUGGCUGGCUUAGACAUAGCGCGGCUUUACGGAUAUAUACAUAGCACUGACCACUUGAAAGCAAUCGCGAGGGAUCCACAAACGACGACGAAUUCUCAUAUUAAGCUGGUUCAGGGUAGUUCUCCAGUUUCUUUCAUGAUUUUACCACAUAAUUCUUUAAACUCAAGUCCCACGGAUUCUCUACAUACAUUGCAUGCUUCCUUUCUUAACUUUUAACCUGAGUCAAGCCUUACGAAAUCUCACCCGACCUCUCCCAACUUCGAGUCAUUCUAUCAUUAAUCACCUAUAGACUUGAUCCUUCAAUUUGAUUUAAGCGCCCUGACCCAAGGUUGGUUUGGUGUUCAUGCAUAAACCGUGAAUCAUUCAUUACCUUG